GUGUUAGAAAAAUUGUUUGCUUCCUUACACCAGCCUCCAAACCUGAAUGACCUGAUGUAGGUGUUAUCCGCGUAAAGAAAGAUUUCAGGAAGCUUUUAUAGUCUUUAAACGGUGAUAAAAUGCUUGCGGAUGUGAUAGUGGAGGAGGAUUUUGAUAAAGAGCAGGAGCUGUGGUACAGCAAGAAGGAGCUUGAACACGAUCUACACUUGGCUGCAGAGUUGGGAAAGACUUUGCUGGAGAGGAACCAUGAGCUGGAGCAGGGCCUUCAGCAGAUGUACUCCACCAAUCAGGAGCAGCUUCAGGAGAUCGAGUACCUGAACAAGCAGGUGGAGCUGCUGAGGCAGAUGAAUGAUCAGCACACUAAAAUGUACGAGCAGUUAGACGUGGCAGCGCGAGACCUAGAGGUGACGAACCACAGGCUGGUGCUGGACAACCGCACAGCCCAGGGAAAGAUCCAGAGCCUGACUGAUACCAUCGACAGCCUGCAGUCCCACAUGGAGAAUCUGCAGAAGCAGGUGGAGGAGCUGAAGGCGUCGCAGUCAGAGCGCUCAAGGAGAGAACGUGCUGAAGCUCGUCGAGGUCUGGCAGCUCAGAGCGUCUCCUGCCUCUAUGACCUGCACCGGGACAUGCGUCUGAGCUCACAGAGCCACGGUGACGAUCGCUCGUGGUGGACUCUGGAUCCUGGCCUGGUGGAAGAGGAGAAAUCCACCCUGCAGAGUGCAUUGCGUAACCUGCAUGCCCAGCUGGGCAGUGAGCGUGAGCGUCGGGAAGCAGCAGAGAAGGUCAUGGAGUUAACCGAGCGAGAGAACCGGGCACUGGAGGAACAGCUGGCACAGCUGGAGGGCAGGCGACGGCACCAAGCCGAACUGGAGGCCGAGGUGGAGGAGCUGCGGCAGCUGUGGCGCUCUGAAUCAUCGAGUGUUAGACCUACAGACUCGCUCGUAGCCGAAGCUGUGCUCUUCCUCGCUGUCGAGAAGGGGGCGGGGUCAGGGGUGGAGGUGGUAGAGGAAGAGGAAGGGUCAGAACAGGAACAGAGACGCGGGCAUGAGCUGACGUGUAUACGGCGAUCAGAGGCAGUCCGGCAGCGUGGGAUCUCUCUGCUGAACGAGGUGGACGCGCAGUACAGCGUGCUGAAGACCAAAUAUGAGGAGCUGCUGCUGCGCUGCCAACGUGGGGACGACGCCCUGAGGCACAAAGCCGUCCAGACGCCCGCCGCUGCCCUCAAAACUCCAUCAGCCUCCCUCACUGAUGAUGCGUACCAGCCUGAGUACAGGGCACUCUUCAAGGAGAUCUUCACAUGUAUCCAGAAGACCAAAGAGGACCUGAGUGAGAACAGGGCCACGCCCAGGCACAAACAGUGACUCUGGGUUCUGGGCAUUUGUUUUGAGUUGAAUAGCAGUAUUUCUCAUCAACCUCUGUGCAUUUAAAAAUAUUUCUUUGCACUUUUUCAUUUGUGUAAAAUGGGCAGCACAGGAUGCGUCGUUCAGAGUGUUUAGUGCAUCGUGGGAUAUCAGGAGCGUGUCGUACACCACGUUACACUUUUAGAAACGAUUCCCUAAGCAAUGCACUCUGUCAUAAACGCACUGUGGUUUCAGAUGUACAGCCAUGAUCGUGACUGUGGCCCGACCGAUACAGCAACGUUUAAUGAACGUUAAAGCAGCGUUUGCCGUUCAAUUCGUUUUAAGUAAUCAUAAUAUGAAGAAAUGAUGCUUGUCUGGAAAAAAGUAUUAUUUCCUAAAUGUCAUGCGUUUUGAUUUGAAUUCAUGUGCGCAAAUAAGAUGAAAUGUAUCUUCAAGUUUUUUUUCCCAUCCACGUGAUCACAUGACUUGUGUACGCCGCCUCCUAGUGGCACCGCAGCAUGUUUGUUCUGUCUGAAAACUGAGCGUAACACUUUACUUAUUUACAAGUAAACAUGAAACAUGCAAGAUCUGCUUUAUCAGCACAGUUUGUUAAUAAUGAUACUUUCAGAAAACCACAAUUUACUGGGCAAGGUUUUUGUUUGUUUGUUUGUUUGUUUGUUUUUUUAAAAUCUGCUCUCUGAUGUAUCGGUCGGGACUCAGAUGUGAGUUGUGUUUUGGAUGUGGUGUUUGUGGUGCUGUGAGUACAGCCAUCAGCGCGCGCACACACUCUCACACUCACUGUCCAGGAUUAAACCCGAGCACCACACACGCAUGUCAGUUUGAGUCGUUUGGUUUGAUCCAAAAACUUUGCUGCUCUGGCUUUUUUGCAAAAUAUAACCUUUGCCAUUUCUGUGUCACAUCAUGUCGUGCUGUUAUUAAUAAUGAAUUAGCACUAGCUUUAUAAAUUAAUACUGUAGAAUGAACGUUAGAUGAAGAGAUGAUUCAUGAACACGUGAGGAAUAACAGAGGAACUUCAUGUUCAGUUCAGUUGCAUGUAAAUUGCGUUUGUUGGUUUUUUUUUUGUUUGUUUGUUUGGGUUUUUUUUUGAGCGACUCGAAGCUUACCUCAUGAGUUCUCCGUACUAACAAACUAACUCUGUAUUAACGUGUUUUGAGUGAAAGAGUUUCUCAUAGUGAAGCAAACACGCGUGUGAUGUUUGUGACACUCUGCACUUUAUUCUAUUUUAUGCAUUUCAGUUCAGGGUUUGCUUUUGUUUGUUUUGUUUUUUUUAAAUUGUAUUUAUUGUUUUUGUUCCCAUAACUGGAUGUAGAUAUAAGAGCUUUAUUUUUUAUUUAUUUUCCUAAUUUUUGUUCAGUCACUGUGUAUUUAUGAUGUGGGAUUUUUUUUUUUUUUCCCUUCGUUUGUGAACACUGAGUGAGUGGACGUUUUCUUCGCAGGUUUAUAUGAAUGUCAUUAAGCCUAAUGAAAUAUUUAUACUGCUUUUACUACUUGGUGCUGAACACCAGGAACAGGAACAAAGCAAGAGUCAGGUGAAGAAACUCGUCCUUUUAAAAAAAAAUUUUUUGCUCCAAAUUUAGUCAAGAUGUUCUAGUCUGAAGUUUGCUUGCUUCUGCACUGGAGCUGUGAAGAUGAUUUAAUAAAGCUAAUGAGUUAAAAACAUGCUCAGACCUUCACCAAACAUCCAUACUGAAACAUGGCAAAUAUGUUUUUUUAAUAUUGAAAUAUUUGUGAUAUAUUUAGCGAGUCUGUUGCUAAUUGGUUGGUUGGGGUCUUUUUUUUUUUCGUGAGCAAAUGUGCCCUGCACUGAUGUCAAAGGGAGACAUUAUUGCUAGCGGAGUAACAAUAGCUUUUAGUAAAAAUAAAAAACAUCUCAGACAUGAGGAAUAAAGCUCAGAUUUUGCUCUUGGCUUAGGUUUUCCCUUACUCGCCUUUUUCCAGCCAUGUUUUAUUAAUGAGAAGCUGUAAAAGAGGAACAUGGUGGAGAAGUUGUAGCAAAUGUUGGACUGGAUUUAUGAUUCGUUUAGUCGGCAACCUACAAGAUGAUGAGCAACUAGAAGAUGGUUCUGCUGGAGGUACGAGCACAAAAGUUGGGGUUUUAAAAACUGAUUUAUUUGAGCAGAAGAUGAGGUGAGAGAGCUUAACACCAAAACACUAAAGCUCUGCUGCAUCGCUGUGUCCAGUGCACCGUUCUCAGCAGGUAGUAGAGUGGCACUGUGUGUACUGAAGGAAACCAAAGCGAAAAUGGACCAAAGCAAAAUAAUUCUUGGACACCUUCAAUGAUCAGAUUAAUUAUAAAGGCCUGCAAAGAGAAACUUCGUUAUCCUCUGUAUCACUUUCUGCUUCCUGACUUUCAAACUUUCAGGAACGAGACCAAAGUGAUUCCAUGAUGUUCCAGCAUCUCGGUGAGGUCCCACUGCUUCAUCUUCAACAUUUCCAGAAAGCUGGCUAUGGGUUAAAAGUAAAGCUGUUUUGGGGGCAUGGUGGAUAAGGCGCCAUACCAUAAAUCCAGGGACCCGGGUUCGAUUCUGACCUGAGGUCAUUUCCUGAUCCCUCCCUGUCUCUCUCUCUCCUGCUCAUUUCCUGUCUCUACACUGUCCUAUCCAAUAAAGGUGAAAAAAGACCAAAAAAAAUCUUUAAAAAAAAAAAGUGAAGAUGUUUUGGUGACAUCAAAUUUCAUGAGCAAUGUUAGACUUGUCACUCCAGUGUGUGGAAAAAAAAAAACACAAUACAGAAGCAAACAUCAGACCAAGAACUUGGCAUAAAACUUGCAUUUUAUUACCUACUUUUAAAAAAAAAACCUAAAAAUUGGGCACUUUUUUUGUUUUUUUGCGCAAAACUCUUCUUUUAAUCUGAGCUUUCCUAAUCAUUUUCAUAUCCAAACGUUCUCACACCGUAGUAGGUGAACAAGAGACGGUGUGAAAAGGAGGAUCUGUGGUUUAGUUAUUAAUGAUGAGACGGCUCAACAUGCAGUUUGGGUGUAAAAGGAAACUGGAGAAAUGUUUAAACGUAGUUACGGAGUGGUGAUAUGAUGGCGGAUGUUUGUAGCAGGUGAAAAGGAUCAUGUGGAGUUGAGAAGGACAGAGGGUGAGGGACAUGGUUAUGAAGGAAGACAGAAGGAAAAUCUGCAGCAGUGUUCGAUGUAAAUCAUCACCACCACCUUUUUUGUUCUGUAAAACCUUGUAAAAUAUCGUGUCUGGGUAUUUACUACAUAUCAAGAUAAUAAUAACAAGGACGUGUUUAUUUGGUUUCUUGAAACUUUGGUUGUUUGAAUGUUUACGAGAUGACAGGAUUUUUUUUUCCAGGGAUAAAAAGGACAAAGGUUAAACACGUCAGUUUAAUCAGCAAGUCAUGGAAGUUCUUAUGUUUUAUCAGCGGUGCCACUUAUUGUUAAUGGAAAAGUUGUGGGGAGGGGAGGGGUUUACCUCAUAGUUGAGCAUAUAUCUGAGGAUGAUAUCGAUAUUUCCAUUUUUAUGUUGGUGUGUCGUCCCCCCCCCCAGCCCCACCACCUUGCUUUCUGUUGGCUGAGGUUCAUGAAUUCACAAGUCAAAGGUCACAUAGCUAACAGGAAGGUUAACGCUACCACAAUUAAAUGCGUCUUUAAUGUCAUGUGACCUUUCCACCUGCUAAUUUGGCUGAAAAAAAUUUAAAUUCUAUGCCUAAACCAUAAAUUGUGGCACCUCUGACUUGAUCCAGAUGCACGUUUUGUUAAAUUUGUUGUACCAGUAAGCCGUAACAGGCCUCUGCACGUGUAAUACGUUUUCUCAGGAAAGCAUUUUAUAUUUGUUGGAUAAAAUUAAUGAAUUAAUUCCUUUUGAGAAUCAUUUUGUCAUCUCAGAAAACAUUGUUUAAAAAGGCAGGAAAAUUGAGUAUGUUAAAAUAAGUGCUUCCUUAGGACACAAGUAUAGCAUUAAUUUUGUUUAAUGUGAUAAAUGUGCAUAAUUUCAUAAUAAGGUUAAAUCCGUUUAAAUAAAUCGUAGACAAGGAAAAGGUCAGCCUUUUAGUAUUUAGAGAUUGAUUAGUUAGGUUGUGUGAUUUUAGUGCAAAUUAAUCCUGCCGCAGUAAUGUCCUGAUUGGUCACAUGGUUCAUUUGCAUAUUCAUAUUAUAUGUAAUAUUGAUUGAUGAAUAUUAUUCCUGCAAUAAUGCACGUGUGGGGAUUAGAGUCUUCAUGCCAGUUGGUCCAGUUUAAAGGUGCUAUGAGCUUAAAAUGGUGAGGGUUUUUAUAUAUAUAUAUAUAUAUAUAUAUAUAUAAAAUAUAUGUUGAUGCUUUUAGGGGAAAAGGUAGCAUUGUGCUUUAAGGGGGUAAAAAAGCUUCAAUACAAAACAUUUUCACUUGAAUGUAAACAAGCGCACAUUUCUAAAAGCCCUGAUUAUUUCCAUCCUGUUUUUAUUUUCUUACUCAAUCCUGUCCAUAUUGUACUUAAAAUGAUUGACAUUUUAUUACCAUCGUUGAUAAAAUGCUUCUAAAAUCUAAUAUGCAUAACCUGUAAAAUGGUGCUGAACUUUGUAGACUUUGUAGCCAAAUGCCAUAGAAAUGCCUUUUUUUUUUUUUUAAAGAGUUCGGGCAUGCUGGGAAUUGUAACAAUGGCAUGAACAGCGGCUUAAGAUGCCGAUUAAAGAGAGAUUUGCAAUUUAACAA